UGAGAAACAAAUAAUUUGCAUCACUGAAGAGACAGGAAGUGGAACUAAGUAGCCAAUCAGCACGUAGUGAAUGCCUGUUCCAGUAUUUUCUCCUCAAACAGCAGCAUUGCGACCCGUUGGACUGCUGUGAUCUAUGGAGCUUCACUCAGACGAAGAGCCAGAAUGUCAGAUCCAAAAGAGCCCCUCAUAUUUAAACAGACUCCAGACCACCGAGGUUACAGUGAUGCAUCCUCGCCUCCACCAUAUUCCUACCAGGAGCAGCAGCCCCCAGCUUACUCUGCAGCUCCAAUCGGGUCGAGUCUACAUAAAAGUGAGGCCGCUGGCACGCGAUAUGAGUCUUUCCAAGACAUAAACCCAGAGACUGCAUCAGACACAGCGUCCCUUAUAUCCACAUUGUCGUUUGAGGAUGAAACAGUGAGGAGAGCAUUUGUUAGAAAGGUGUUCAGUAUCCUGACGCUCCAGCUGGUGUUCACCUUCAGCGUGGUCUGUGUGUUUACCUUCUCCAGCGUCGUCAAAGAGGCCGUGCAGACCAACAUGUGGGCUUACCUCAGCUCCUUCAUCGUGUUUGCUGUGGUGGCCAUCACCCUCAGCCUCUGCAAGUCCUUCAGAAGGCGUCACCCCUGGAACAUCGUGGGGCUGGUUAUCGUCACCCUCAGCCUGUCCUACAUGGUGGGGACAGCUGCCUCCUUUCAUGACACCACUGUUGUCGUCAUCACCAUGGCAGUGACGCUGGUCAUUUCUGUCGCAAUCAUCGCUUUCUCGGCACAGACUCGUUAUGAUUUCACCAUUUAUUACGGCGUGCUGUUGAUCCUGGCUGUGGACGUUCUCAUGUUUGGGUUCUUCUGCACCUUCUACUACUCCCACAUCGCUAACAUUGCCUAUGGAUGUCUUGGAGCUCUGCUGUAUUCUCUGUUCCUGAUGGUCCACUGUCAGCUGAUGAUGGGAAUGUUGAGCUUCCGGCUGAAUCCAGAGGAAUACAUCACCGCUGCUCUCCUGAUCUACCUGGACAUAGUUCUCAUCUUCCUCUACCUGCUGGGGAGGAGGUGAUACUGUGUACAACACAAUCUAAACUGAAGUUAUGAAAUUCUAUAAUAUAUAUAAUUUUAACAGCACUGGGUUUCAGUUGCUGAUAAAAUUGUUUAGCCAAAAUCUUUAUAUUUACACAAAGAAAUAAAUAACAAAUGAUUA